UCGACUCGGGCGGGCUCUAGCGCUCCCGCUGAUCGCGCCCCGCUCCCGGCCGGGUCCCUGAGGCCGGGCACACGGGCAGCCCCGUCCCGCUUCUGCGCCGGGCCGGGCCGCCGAUGGGGAGGCUGAUUCUGGGCGAGCUUCGGACGAGCAGCCCCCGGGGAGCCCCGCCUGGACCCCGGCCCGCGCCCCGGCCGCUGCUGGCUGCCCGGGACCAGAAUGCCCGCCUGGGGGAUCCUGCCCGUCACCCUGCCCACCGUCACCAUCACCGGCAUGUGGAUCGUGUAUGCCAUGGCGCUCUCCAACAACCACAUCUGCCCAGUCCACAACUGGAGUUAUAACCAGUCCUGUGGGCUGGACGGCCCCAUUUCGUGCUGCACUCUGGAUCACAUUCCUCUGGUCAGCAAGUGUGGCACCUUCCCUCCAGAGAGCUGCUUCUUCAGCCUGAUCUGCAGCCUGGGAUCGUUCAUGGUGAUGCUCGUGGGCCUGCUGAGAUACGCCCACGUCAUCGAGUGCUGCGGGCCGUCCCUCCUCAACACCCUGGGGCUGGCAGCAGGCUGGAUCUGCGCCGCCGGUCUCACCAUGGUUGGCAACUUUCAGGUGGACUAUGCCAAGGUGCUGCAUUACAUUGGCGCAGGUGUGGCAUUUCCUACCAGCAUGCUCUUUGUGUUCCUGCAGUCGGUUCUGACUUACCGCAUGGCGAAAACCAGGGGCCACUAUUGGACCGGUCACUUGCGCAGCAUCCUCUCCGCUUUGGCCUUCAUCACCCUUGUCUUCAGUGGCGUGUUCUUCGUCCAGGACAGUUUUGUGCUGCAGCACGUGGCCGCCCUGUGCGAGUGGAUUUUCAUCAUCAAUAUCCUUGUCUUCUACGGCACCUUCACUUUUGAGUUCGGCGCCAUCUCCACAGACACGUUCCUGGUGCUUCUGAAAGCCAGCCGGGCUCCCAAGAGCUACAAAUCUGACAGCAGCACGGCCAGCACACCGCACGGCCACAGCCACUCCGAGGGCUUGGCCAUGGUCUGAGGGGACCUGGCCUCAUCCCUGGAGAGCUGGGACAGGCAGAUUGGCGAGACCAAAAAUCCAGACAUUGCCAGUGAUUCUCUUGCCUUGAACAUAUCCAGGAACCAAAGUGCCUCCAAUUUGUGGGGGGAGGGGGAAGGAUUGGGGGGCUGAUCCUGACUUCACCUCCCCUUCUGACUCAUGCAGACAAUACACUAAGAACAUCUGGACCCACAGCCCCAGCAUCACUAGUGCCCUUCAGGGGCUUUUUACCUCCCAUCAAAGAGCUCUCCCUGCAGGAGCAGAGAGGUACUAAAAGGGGAUAGGGUGGAGGGGCAGGGA